AUGGCGGUGGGGUCGCGCGUUACCCGGGAGGAGAUUAAGACGGAGCCAGAGAACCCGAUCAACCGUGAGAAAACAUGCCUGCUGCUGCUGCGCAUCUUCACCACCAAUAAUGGCCACCACCACCGAACGGACGAGUUUUCCCGGGGAAACGUACAGUCCAGAGAGUUGCAGAUCUACGCUUGGAUGGAUGCAACCUUGAAAGAACUGACAAGCUUGGUAAAAGAAGUCUACCCAGAAGCUAGAAAGAAGGGCACUCUCUUCAAUUUUGCAGUCGUUUUUACAGAUGUUAAAAGACCUGGCUAUCGAGUUAAGAAAGUUGGUAGCACCAAGUCUGGCAGAAAGGGGACUGAUGAUUCCAUGAUCCUGCCGUCGCAGAAGUUCUAGGUAGAUUACCUGGACAUAGC